CCCCCCCGUUAUUAUGUAACUGCAACGCGAAAACGUCUCCUCUGUUUUUUUCUGUAUUAAAAAAACAGACGCGACUCUGAAGCGCUGAUGGAUUAUCAUGCAGUUGUUGGUACUGCGUUGACGGCCUUGUGGUUGUAUGUGGUUGUAUCAGUGAAGGCGAGUCACGUGUUCCAUGAUGAUCUGCGCUUGAACAUGACAUCUCGGCCCUUUCAUAACCUUAAACAUAACAUUGUACACAGCAUUAACAUAACCUUAAAGACACUUCUCUGCAUCUUUUUAAUCCGAGUGGGCUUGGAAUGAGCACAUCUACACACAACCCAUACAUGCAUGCAUAUUGUUUAAUAAUAAAAGCAGUGGCUUAUUAAAUAGCAAACUUUAAUGUCUUCUUUGCCAUAAACAAGUUAUAGAAAAAUCAUCAGCUUGGGCUGGCAUUCCACAGGGGGUAGCCUUUGAGAAGAUUCAGUGCAGUACAGUCCUCCUGUUCAUAUCCACAUCCAAAAUGCAUUCUUGUGCAAUCCUGUCAGCUUUGUGUAUUGACAUGUACGCAUGACAUUAGCAGCAUAAUAAAGUGAGAUCGCAAGUGUUUUGACGACUUGUUAUGCGAACGUCUCCAGCUACCAUGCGCCACGUGCAGGAUUAAAUGCAGGCGGCUGCUGUGUUAAGCAGCUGAAAUAACACAACGCAAUAGUUUGUGGAAUCGUGUCAGUGUCAGCUGAGCUCACACUGCAGUUCAGGCACACAAAACUGCCAUCAAGGCCUGUGGUAAUUUAAUAAUUGAAUCUGAUUUUGCAUUGUAAAUAUGUGUCGUUUAGCACAGCAUUACAGUGUAGAUGAGCAGAUGGGAUCAGAAAUAUUCACAGUACAAAUUAUGGGUUGACUUGUAGAACUUGAUCCUAGCAGUCCACUUAGUGUAACCGUCUUGUCUGCCGUUGAAUUCUUGGUGCAUUAUGAGUGUUUUUCUAAUAUGAAACAGAUUGGCUGUUAUCUUUUGUUGUUUAUUUAACAGCAGUUACAAUUGGCCACAAAUGAGAUGCUUUAAAACCCCCGGGAUCGUUGGAAGAUGAAACAAACUCCUCUACAGCAGUAAUAAGUGCUGGUCCACAAAUAUUAAAUGAAACUGGAAACGCCCAUCCAGUCAUUAAAGUUUGCUAAGUCAUGGCCGAACAAGGAAAACUAAUAUUGACAUCAUUCUCCCCAAAUUAAAACAUAUGAAUUGCCAAUGCUCGUAUAGAUGUAUUUAUCUUUAAAAAUCUUUGUAUCAGUGUUCCGAUGUCCUCUUACUUCAGGAUUAGUAAAAGAUCAUCUGUCCUGGAGCUGUUUGCAACUGAAAGUUUGUCUCAAUGAAAGAAUUUAAAAGAAAAAAAAAUUGAACCCACUGUGAAGCUGCAUUUGUAAUGCAGCUCAGGCUGCAUUUAUAAACAACAGACAGAUAAUUUCUGGGAAAGUUUAGGUGCUCACUGCAGCAGAAGAGUACAACAGGUGCUUUAUUAUUAUUAUUAUUAUUAUUAUUAUUAUUAUUAUUAUUAUUACUGAUAUUUCAUUAUUAUAUCUAAUGUUCUAGGUGGGCCUUUCUUCCAGCCUGUUAUUUUUUAAAUAAAACCCAGCUGUGGCAUGAGGAGGCAGUGGGGCCAGUUUAAAAGCUUAAAGUAUAUAAAGCUUGUAUUUAAAGAUAAGAGCCAAGGUGGUAUACCGGUGUGGAAAUGGUCCUUUUGCUAUAUCUUUUUUACAGCUUAGCCAAUAUUCUCAAGGGUACUAACUACAGCAUGCUUUAGGAUGAACGCAGCAUCCUUCAUGUUCCCAGCCCACGACCUUACCUGCUGCCUCAGUUGACAGUCCUUUCUUCCUCCCAGUUUCUGAUGCACAUCACUGGCUAUCUGCAGUAUGUAUGAUACAUCUACGCUCAGAAUUUGUGAUUUACAGUACGUCUCACAUGCCCUUUAUUGUAUGACUGGAAUGUAGAUGGUUUCUCAAACCAUAACUAUACGGCUAAAAAUAAAUCUUUGUACUCUUCCAUAAUUACAAGGCUAAAAAUACCAUUUUUGCGUGUUGUCAGUAUGGCUAUUGACAGCCUUCCCUAAGCAAUCCUUCUCUGCAGGGAACACAAGUACAGAUGAUGGCGCUUGUUAGCAAAUGAACGUGAUCAACAGGUUGGAAGAGCAUCUACAACGGGAGUGCCAGACAUACAAUAUGAAAAACACUGGAGAAAAAAUCGAAUGCAAAUUUUACAAGGGGAAGAUUUCUUUGAUUUAUCUAUAGGAACACUGUGGAACAUGACAGUUAUGUACACUGUUGGCUUGAUAGGCCCAUAUGUUUCUGAUAAACAGAGCCAGGAGCAGUCUUAAAGAUCACUAUCACAGCUGGUAUAUAUCGAGUUUUCAAAGUGUCUCUUAAAUCAGAUGGUUGUAAAUAAACACUGUGAGUCAGCUGGUGUCAUAUUUCCCAGCCUGUGUUGUUAUGUUGAAAAGGUGAGAUGAUUGCUUUCCUCGGUGAGUUGCGCAUAAGGCAGAUAAAUGAAGUUUUGACUACACUUAUCUCCCGACAUUGUGCCCUAAGUUUUGUAAGUCAAAUAUUAACCCACAGUGAUAUGUGUAUACCAGUCUUUAUUUGAUGAACAUCAGCUUUGGAACUGUUAUAUUAGUAAAUAAGCAGUUAUUAGUUCUGUAACGGAAUAACUAGGUUAUACAGAAAGCUGGGGAUGCGAAAAAUGUUUCGAAAUUUGCAAAUGGACAGUUACAGAAAACUCCUGAAGCAAACAGGAAAAGUUAUCUGCUCAGUACUCAUGUUUGGAUUCUUCAAAAGUUGCAAACAAAGGAGACCUUGGAAUCACCAGAACAACUGAACUGAACUGAAUUUUCGAUAUUAAAAAAUACCUACCAUGACUUGCUGCUUGUGAGGAUACUGAAAAUUGAUGUAAAACUGUGAAAUAUGCAAGCGAUUAAGAAAGAGCCACCUUCCAGUGUGUCCUACCCUGGAGAGGAUUCCCUGGUUCUUGCUGUGGCCUUGCAAGGGCCGGACCGGGAGCUGAUGGGGCACAAACUGUCCAACUUGCCCUUCAAAGCGAAAAGUUCCACUUGCCGGAGGAAACGGGAGUUCAUUCCUGACGAAAAGAAGGACAACCUUUACUGGGAGAGGAGGAGGAAGAACAACGAGGCAGCCAAACGUUCCCGGGAGAAACGGCGGCUCAACGACAUGGUCCUGGAAAACAAGUUGAUGGCACUGGGGGAGGAGAAUGCAACCCUCAAGGCUGAGCUGCUGUCUCUGAAGCUCAAGUUUGGGUUGGUCACGUCUUCUGCCUAUGCCCAGGAGGUGCAGAAGAUCUCCAGCUCCACCUCAGCCCUUUACCAGGAUUUCAUAUCGCCUGGGCCCGGCAAGGGUGCUGUCUCCAGAGACCUGGAACCCGCUCAGCUGGGCAGUAGCUGCAUUUCCGUCAUCAAGCAUUCUCCCCUGAGCACUCAUUCAGAAGCGCCUGAGACCGUGUCCAUAACCAACGGCAGCCCCCUGGUAAGCCUGUGUAGGACCCCCGAGGCCAUAAAGCAGGAGCCGGUCGAGAAUGGCGGUUAUGCUGCGGACUGCAGAGGGAGGAGCAGUCCGUACGAACUCUACCGCAGCUAUGUGGGUAGCCCAUACCUGGGAAUGCGCUCUCAGACCUCUCCCUUCUCACAGCUGGCUAGGUCCUCCAGCAACUCCCCUAGGACCUCGGACGGGGAUGAUGGGGCUGUGAGCAAGUCCUCGGAUGGCGAGGAUGAGCAGCGUGUUCCAAAGGGCCCUUUGACUUCCGGUGCAGACCAGAGAAGCGUCAUCACCUCCACAAUCAAAGUGCCGGACGUCAGCUCCUCCGCCCUGCCCCACAAGCUCAGGAUCAAGGCCAGGGCCAUCCAGAUCAAAGUGGAGGCCAUAGACCCCGAAUAUGAAUCAUUUGGGAAGCCAUCGUCGCCCAUCGACAUGACAGCAAAAGGCUGCUAUCCUACAAGGAAGCAUGGCUCGCCGGCCUUCCUGCCAUCAUCACUCAGCCCCUUGUCCCUCCAGGUGGCAGAUGUUCAGGACUGGGCUUCGCGGCCUGAGCACUGGCACAGUGACCAUCCUGAGCCGCUUCAGGAUGGCUGCAACGGCAGGCUCUGCUCCAGCUCAUCUGACUUGCCGGGGCCCGCAGCAAACAGACUCACUGGUUUUAAGCGCGGCUCGUGCUCUGAUGCGGAGUCGAACUUGUACUUAAAGCAGGGCAUCGCCGACCUGUCAGCGGAGGUGGCUUCCCUCAAACAACUGAUUGUGGCGCAGCAGCAGCAGCACACCUCGGCCGAGUCUGCCGAAAGCACUACUGAUCAGGACGACUCGCCGUCGAAUGGAUGCUGCUCAAAAUGAGUUCCCUUUGUGUUUGCACAACACCCGUGUUCCACUGUUUGUGUUAUUUCACUCUGCGUUAAAUAUGGUGUCUAAACGACACAGAUUAUUUAAAUGGAAUGUGUGCUGUGCACUUAUUGUUGUAGUCUGAUGUGUCGUCUUGAUUACUCCAUCUGUACUCAAAAGCAAUUGUCAGGCUCCUUGAAAAGUACAUGUAAACUUUUCCCCCAUUUUUGUUGUAAAUUGUAUGUUUUUAUUUACAAUAAAUGUAUGUAAG